AUGCAUUUCAUUACUGCAUUUACAGCCGUGAAGUUGUGUUUUUUUGAAUUUUUUGCCAUUGUUUUAUGCAAUCCGUUGUUGUCAGAGCAGUCAGUGAUUCCAUUCAUUGAUAAGUCCAAGAAGAAUACGGACAGUUCCAUCUCAUCCGUCGACGCUACAUCCGUUGAUUUGCCGGAAAAUUGGGAUUUUCAAACCCCACCGUCCUAUGAGAUAGUUAAUAGUGUAGUGCGCGCUCCGAAUGUGUUCCAUGAAGUUGAGGAAAAAGUUGUUGCCGCUUCAGAGGAGAGCAAAAGCAAAUUGCAGGACAGUGAGAAACAUAUUGUGCAUGAGAUACCAGAUGUCUUGGAAAAAACUCAUACAGAAAAAGAAGACUUUAUCUUAGAUUUCAAGGCGUUUGCAGGCAACAAUGCAACCAAGUGUAAUUCUUCGUGUGCGUCUGACCCAAUUUCUACCUACACUCCAGAGACUUCAAGUUUUUUGAGCACAUUACGUGCAGAAUUUUCAACAUCAGCUAGUAAUGAAAGCACUGGAAACAAAGAAAAACUUGUUGCGAAAGCUCGGCCAGCCGUAGAUGAUCUUUUUGAACUUCUGAGCACUAUGACUGUUGUCUUAAGAACUGCUAGGCCUCCUGAGAUCCACAGCACAUCCAAUCCAUCUUCGUUAAUUAAUGUGACCGAUGAAAAUACAAACACUGAACUCUUCGAUGAAGACGAACUGGAGUCGCCUGUUAGCGAAAAAGUAUCAGAAGAAGCGUACCAAACAACAGAUGUCAAUGAAAAAUUCGAAGGAGCAGUAAGUGGUGAGGGACAGCCCAUUUCCGAGAUUACUGAUGCCGGGGAGGAGCCGGGGGAUGCUGUAAAGGCGAAGGCAAAUCCAAAGUUGGACCCACAGGUGAUACUAAGCUCAGAGUUCGCGAAGAAUGGUCUUAAGGAAGAGGAAGGAACGCAGGUGGUCCAUGGAUGCGGUGUUGUGAAGGAGUAUUCAGAGCAGCGUCAGACGACAUCGGAGUGUAGCAAGCUGCUGGAUGAGUCGAAAAAGCAAAAACCUAUCGAUGAUAAAUUUCUGCAUGAGAAGUACAGUGAGGAAGACGAAAUCGACGAGAAACCCCUGGUACGGGGGCAUUUCGAGCGAACGCUGUGGGAGAAACUGAUUGCUGGCCUAAAGUGCUCACACAGAGACUGCGGAGAAGCGCUCAGACCAACAAAUAAUGUACCGCGCUACUUAAUGCAGCCGUCGAUUAGUCGGGCCAGGAAACAUAGCAGUGGCGGUCACCCAGUGCAAUAG